CCAUUAAUUCCCCGUUGAGUAACCAAUUGUUUUAAUACGAUCGCAGUCUUGCAGUCAACCUGACUCACAAUAGCCAAUUCCAAAAUGCCGAUUCCGUGCGCCGAUAUCGCUCAAAUUUACAAAAACGAUCCGGAACUGAAGAAACCGGACGUGGAAGCUUUAAAGGAUUGGGCCUCCAAGCAGCCCCAUUUGCCCGAAAUUUCUGAGUUGCAAACGAUUAUUUUCUUGCAAAGUUGUUACUAUAGCAACGAACUGGCCAAGACCACCAUAGAUAAUUAUUUCACGGUGAAGACGUUGUGUCCCGAUAUUUUUGGAGGAAGAGAUCCGAAGAAUCCGAGCGUUCAGUCCGCUUUGAAUUGCUCCCUCAUAACGCCACUACCGAAACUGACCCACCAAAACUACACGGUGAUCUGGAUGAAAUUAAUCGAUUGCAACCCGGACAGGUACAACUUUCCCAAUCAAAUAAGGAACUUCGAUAUGGCAGAAAUGUUAACGUUACACAAAGGAGGACCCCAGAAAGGGUUAGUGUUGGUUUUUGAUAUGGACGGGUGCGUUUUUGGCCAUCUCACGAAGCUCAGCAUCGUUGUCAUGAAGAAAUUGUUGUAUUACUUACAAGAUGCAAUGCCCAUAAGACUCAAAGGUAUCCAUUACAUUAACGUGGUGCCUUUUAUGGAUAAAAUCCUGGCCUUGAUGAAGCCUUUUAUGAAAAAGGAGCUGAUUGAUAUGCUCUACAUCCAUGCAGACUCUAUUACUACACUUUACGAGCAUGUGCCUAAGGAGUGUCUACCGGCAGACUAUGGAGGCCAAAGUGAAUCAAUGAAUAUUUUACACGAAAAAAUCAAAAAAGAAAUUAACGACAACGCGGAAUAUUUCGCAUACGAAGAGAGUCAAACUGUAAACGAGGCAAGACGUCCAGGAAAACCGAAAAAUGCCGGCGAUUUCUUCGGGAUGGAGGGCACGUUUAAAAAGCUGGAAGUGGAUUGAUUAAUUAUUAUUAUAUAACGACAGUUUGUUUAAAUGUUUUUAUUAUAACCAUUUGCUAAUAAAUAUUGAAAAGUGUUUGAAAGAA